AUGGGUCGGAGAGGUUACAGAGGCGACCGUCCAGGAAUUCUUGGUUACAUAACACGCUUUGAUUCUGACUGGUACCUGAAGAAGGCUUUCUUCAUGGCAUUGACAUCUUUCUUCCCAGAUGCUGUCAUUCAUUUAGGUGAUGUAUUUGAUGAAGGAUCCAUUGCUACUGCUGAGGAAUUUCAAGAGUAUAAGGCUAGACACGAUAGGAUUUUUCAUACCCCGGCUGGAGUUUAUAGAAUUCAUAUAGCCGGAGACAAUGACAUUGGAGGCGAAUCGAGCGAUAUUAUUACAGAGGAAGAAGUGGCAAGAUUUUCAGCAAACAUGGGCCCACUAAACGAUGUUAUAAAGCUCAAGUACACUUUUCAGAUAGUGAAGAUAAAUUCAGUGAGCUUGCUAAGAAGGAGGCCCUUCGUAUCGGAAUGGAAGAUCUAUAAUGACACAAUGGCCUUUAUUGACGAUUUGCCCUCAAAGCUUGAUCCCGAUAGAAUUUCCAUUCUUAUUGGACACGUUCCGCUUACUCAUACAAGUGGAAGCCAGGUAGUUCCAGUGAUAAAGUUAAUAGAGGCUGUUCAACCACAGCAUGCUUUCUCAGGACAUAUUCACAAGAGAGCCACGAUCAACCACAAGAUUGGAACAGUGACGUUUACAGAGCAUGUUGUUCCAACAUGCAGCUAUCGCAUGGGAACAGAGAAGAUGGGCUUUGCUGUAGCAGUCAUUGGUGUGGAUGGCUCUAUUGUUUUCUCCGUUCUACCAUUGCCCAAAAGAUACCCAUUUCUAAUGACGUAUUUAGGAAUCAUAUGUGUAUUUAUUGUAUUUGCACUGCAAUGGCACUGCAAUGGUUAAUCUCGAUGAUAUUAUUUUGUUUGGAGAUAGUUUUAGACGGGACAUUAGUUUUGUUUUCAAACUUUCUUUAAAAUUUAGUGACACUAGAUUUAAGAAGAGUUAGUUACCUCGUUAGUUGGGUUCUCUUCUCCCCGCCCUUUGGAGCGAGAGAGACUGGGGAGUAGUAAGAAGAAAAGAAGAGAAUCCCUUGAGACGAGUUAGAAGUGUAUCUGGGUUAUUCCGCAAGAAAUUUGAAAUUAUCACAGAGAAUAAGUAGAGAAGGAGCGUAUACGUUUACGGCAUGAAUCUCUUGGCUUAUCGAUACCAUUUUCUUGACAGAACUUAAACACUCCGAUUACCGAAACGCUUCUGAUUUUGUGGUUCACCAGGGACUUUGCUUGUGUUUACUUUCAAUAAAAUUAAAAAUGUAUACAUGA